UGCACCUCCAAUCCAGAUUGUCUUGUCUAGUCUAGUGCAAGUGCAAACAAAGAAAACAGAUAGAGGUAGCCAGAAGUCGAGUCACCAGCAAGAAUGUGCUUCGAGUUCAGCUCCUGUUUCGGCGGCGGCAUAAAGGACGACUACGGCGGCGAGCGGUCCAACCAUGGCGGCUGUGGCGGUCGUCGCCGCGGCCGUGGCCGCAGGAACGACGCCUCCUACAACGGCGAAGCCGACCACAAGCCGGCGCCGGCCUACAACCACCAGCCGGCCAUCGACGAGGCUGGUCGCAAGGCCCACCAUGAUGGCGGGCGGAAAGCUGACCACGCCUCCGUGGUCGCCGGCGCCGGUGGCCACGGCUAUUACGCCGCCUACGCGCCAGACAAGGCCCACGAGGCGCCGAAGCUUCCUGCGUGGCACAACAAGGUCGGGGACGACGCCGGCUAUGCCUACAACACGGCGCGCCUCCGCCACCAGGCUGCUCCUGUUCAUAGGGAGCACGCCGCCAUGGAUUACCACCACUACCCAACCACUACUACCAAUCUCGUAAGGUACUAGGUACUACUAGUCGUUAGGAUUAGCUAGCAUGGCAGUUCAUCAAUCCCUCCCUCCUCCUAAACACUGCCUCUGCUUCUGUUAAUAAGUUUUGUUCCGUGGCUCUGCUUUUCUACUCUGUUUUUCCUUUGUCGUCUACUGAAACUGAAAGGCACCUGUAGUAGUGUGUGAGAGCCAGGAACCAGAUUGUUGUGGAUUUUGAUCAGAGCCUCCACGUAUUUGUCGAUGGAUGUGCGGCACA